UUGAAUUGGUCGCAUUGAACUCCAUAUUUACAACCGGUCAUUGAUGGAGGCAUUGUUUGGUCUGGGCGCAGCUGCAGACAUUGAAGUUGUUUUUACUGACGAGGAUCAAAGAAAGAUUAUUGAUGUCAAGGCUGACAAGGAUCGUCGUGCUAAAUUCCCCUUGUACUUUGACGGCGAAUCCGUCGCUGGAAAGGUUCAAGUACGGACUCGGGAUGGGAAGCGAUUAGAACAUCAAGGCAUUCGAAUCGAAUUUGUCGGGCAAAUACAAUUGUUUUACGAUCGUGGUAAUCAUUACGAGUUUUUAUCGCUUUCCCAAGAAUUGUCAGGUCCUGGCGAGUUUCGUCAAAGUACCACAUUUGAUUUUGAAUUCAAAAACAUUGAAAAAGCUUACGAGAGUUAUCACGGAUUAAAUGUCAAACUUCGAUACUUUGUGAGAGUAACGAUAUCUAGGAGAUUAUCGGAUGCUGUCAAGGAGCGCGAGAUUUGGGCAUACUCUUACCGCAUGCCACCCGAGAUCAACAACUCGAUUAAAAUGGAAGUGGGUAUUGAAGAUUGUCUCCAUAUUGAAUUUGAAUACAACAAAUCAAAGUACCAUUUGCGCGAUGUCAUUGUUGGCAAGAUUUACUUUUUACUUGUGAGAAUCAAGAUCAAGAAUAUGGAACUAUCAAUCAUUAGACGCGAAUCUACAGGUAUUGCGCCAAAUCAGUAUAACGAGAGCGAGACCAUCACCAAAUUUGAGAUUAUGGAUGGUGCACCAGUACGGGGCGAGACAAUACCCAUCAGACUUUUUUUGAGCGGAUUUGAAUUGACACCAACGUAUAGAGACAUCAACAAAAAGUUUUCGGUACGGUACUAUCUCAAUCUAGUUUUGAUUGAUGAAGAAAACCGUCGAUAUUUCAAACAACAAGAGAUUACUAUAUAUCGUAUCAAGGAUGAUUCAGAAGAACACAAGGAAAUUGCUGGUGGUGCAUCUGUUGCUGCUUUAAGUACCUACAAGGGAUCGCAAGGAUGA